AUGGGUAGGUGCAUGUACAUGAAUGGGCACAAGAGCUUGGGGCAGGUGGUAGGUGCUGCGACACAGGCAUUCGGGCUAUCUAUUAGGAAUGAGCUACACGAGGAGACAAGGUUAGACAUGUGGCGAGAAAUGAUGAUGGUAGUGCUCCUUCUCAUCCACAAAGAUGCAAGUAUCGUG